AUGGUAAAUGCAAACGAAUGGUUAAAUGAAAAAAUUCCAGUAAAUCAAAGAGCACAAGCAACAAGUCUUUACAUCUACAGGCAAUGUCAAAGUGGUCAUACCGUCCAUCAAAAUAAUUGUAAUAAUUGUGUAAACAAAAACAACUGUUCUACUGCUCCAACUUUUCAAUUCUAUAAUACUGUUUUGGAAGGAGAGCUAGAUCUUAAUGACUUUGUUAAUUUGCAGCAAUUAAGUAUCUGCGGUACUGGACAAGGGCAGGAUCAGCAACAAAAGUUAACUAGUUUGAAGAUUGAUAAAUGUAAUAAGUUGGAUCGUCUCACAAUUAAUUUUAAUAACACUUCUCUUAACAAUUUAUUUGGUGAGAAUAAUUCUAAUUUUAAUAGGGUAAAAAGUCAAGUAGAAAGAUUAACUAGUAUUAUUCGAAAUGUUAUUUAA